CGCGUUGGCCGCCGGCCGGAGGCUCGCGCGCUCCGCGCUCCGCCCCCUCCCGCCCCCCCGUAUAAAUAGCGCGCCCCCCGCGCGCGCCCCCUCAGACCCCCCGCGCCCCCCGCGCCGUGAGGAGACGCCGCUGCCGCCAUUAUGGGGAGGAAGUCGAGCCGGGCCAAGGAGAAGAAGCAGCGGCGGCUGGAGGAGCGCGCGGCCAUGGCCGCCGUGUGCGCCAAGGUCGAGGCUGCCAACCAACUCCAGGACCCCCUCGAGGCCUUCCCCGUCUUCAAAAAGUACGACAGGAACGGCCUGAACGUGUCCAUCGAGUGUCGCCGCGCGUCCGGCCUGGAGCCGUCCACCCUGGACUGGGCCUUCGAGCUGACCAAGGCCAACAUGCAGAGCCUCUACGAGCAGAGCGAGUGGGGCUGGAAGGAGCGGGAGAAGCGGGCGGAGCUGCGGGACGAGCGCGCCUGGUACCUGCUGGCCCGGGACUGCAGCGGCCCCGUGGCCUUCUCACACUUCCGCUUCGACGUGGAGUGCGGGGAUGAGGUGCUCUACUGUUACGAGGUGCAGCUGGAGAGCAGAGUGCGGCGGCGGGGGCUGGGCAAGUUCCUGCUGCAGAUCCUGCAGCUCGUGGCCAACAGCACGCAGAUGAAGAAGGUGAUGCUGACCGUGUUCAAGCACAACCCGGGCGCGCUGCAGUUCUUCCGCGAGGCGCUGCAGUUCGAGGUGGACCCCACCUCCCCCAGCGUGUCCGGCUGCUGCGGGGACGAUUCCUCCUACGAGAUCCUGAGCCGCAGCACCCGCUUCGGGGAGCCCCACCCCGGGGGCGGCCCCUGCGCCGGCUGCUGCCACUGAGCCCCAAAAACAACCCCGGGGGGGGCUGGGGGCACUGACCCCCCAAAAAUAACCCGGGGGGGGGGCUGGGGGCACUGACCCCCCAAAAAUAACCCGGGGGGGGGGCUGGGGGCACUGACCCCCCAAAAUAACCCGGGGGGGGUGCUGGGGACACUGAGCCCCCCAAAAAUAACCCCGGGGGGGGGGGGCUGGGGGCACUGACCCCCCAAAAAAUAACCCUGGGGGGGUUGAGGCUGGGGGCAGAGCCGCCCUCCCCCCGAAAAAUAACCCUGGGGGGGCUGCUGCCACUGAGCCCCCCAAAAAUAACCCCGGUGGAGCUGCGGGGACCCUGGGCUGGGGACAAAGCUGCCCCUCCCCACAAAAAUAACCCUGGGGGGGCUGCUGGGACCCCCGGCUGGGGCAGAGCUGCCCUCCCCCCAAAAUAACCCUGCUGGGACCCCCAGGCUGGGGACAGAACCGCCCUCGCCCCUCCCCGAUUGUCGCUGGGGUUUGGGGGCUGGGAGGGGAUUUUUUUUUAUUAUUUUUUUCCUUCUUUAUUUUUUUUUUUUUUUUUUUUUUUUUUCCGCGCGUUUUGUUUGUACGUGGUAAAUAAAUAAAUAAUGAGGAAACUUUAA